AUGGCUCGUCCGAUCGAUUGGUCGCGUCCGUUGCCAACGUGUUGCCGGGGGCCGGAGGAAGCACUGGCGAGUCGGGAGUGUGUCAUAAACUUUGUGCGUGUGAUUCCCCCCACCCCCAAACAAUCACAAGAACGAUAAACGGCAACAAAAAAAAUGGCGAGAGAAAACGCAAUGAAAUUAUCGAAAAACCUGCUGAAAAUGAAGUUUAUGCAGAGGAGUUUGGAUACAGAAACUAAGAAGCAAUUGGAAGAAGAAGAAAAGAAGAUAAUUAGUGAUGAGCACUGGUAUUUGGAUUUACCAGAAUUGAAAGAAAAAGAGAGUCACAUUAUUGAAGAAAAGAGCUUUGUGCCUUGUGAAGAAAUGUUGUUUGGCCGAAUGUCUUUUAAAGGUUUUAAUCCAGAGAUAGAGAAACUAGUUGCACAGAUGUAUUCCCAGAAUGAAAAUGAAGAGUCUGAUGAAGAUGUUAAGAUGGAGGUAGAUGUUUCCGAUGUAGAAAUGGCUAGGAGAUAUGAAAGCUUAGUGGGAACCAUAAAAAGGAAGUUUACCAAAAAGAGAGAUCGAUCAGCUAUUCAAUCUGAAGAAACAGAAGCUAGCACCAGAGGUGGUAAAUGCAAGAAGACAUUCAUUAAGCCUCAGGAAUAAAUAACACGAGUGUGUCUUUAAAUGUUUUCCUUCGUAAGGCAAUGAACUUCCUAUCUGAAACUGUGCAGCAACUGGAUGUUUAUUGUAAUUAUGGAAAUGUGAUCUUUUGCAUACUAAAAUUAGAAAGUAUUACAAUUUGCUGCAAUGAAAAUGUUCUGUGAAGAUAAACAGAUUCUGCUGUUUCGUUGUAUUAAACAAAUACUGAUCAUUCUUGAAUACAUCUCAGUAAUAUGUUAUAUGCACAAGUAACAUUCAGCUCAAUUGUGCUCAAAGUUGUCUUGAAGAAAAAGGUUAUCCUAGGACAGAAUCAUAUUAAGUAUAUGGUGGUGCAAAUUUAAUAUAUUUAUGUUUUACAGCUAUAAGAACCAAUAUAGUAAUUUUCUUCCCUUUGUUUCUUGUGCUGGUAAUAUAUUUGUAAUAUCUUAAUGUGCUGCAAGUAUAAAUAUUGUCUUUGUAGUGGAGCAGAUUAUCUUAUCCUGCACCUGUCAGGGAUCUUUUUUCCCCAUGUGCAUUAGGAAGCAUAAAAGAAUGUCAGUGAUUUGAAUACAAAGAUGUUGAGGUUUUUAUGCAGCACUCUCCACACACUGAAUUGUUCCAAAUGUUCCUGAGACUUGAUGUAUACAAUUUAUACUCAUUAAUCUGUUUUUCUGUAUCAAAGGAGAGUUGUGAAUUUCCUCUAACUCUUUGCCCGACAGAGAUUCUUUUUUUUACCAGAUUACAGUUUUGUUCACAGCAAAUCUGUGGAUAUAAGCUGUUUUGAAACAGUAGCUGUAUUUGCAUCAUUUACACAAAAUGCUGGAUAGUAUGUAACUAAUUGCCUUUUGCUUUGACUUUAAUUUAGAAAUUAAAGAAAAUCUGAUUUUAUUUUUA